AUGCUUUCUUCUGCCAAGCUCGCCAUGACUCUGGAUAUCGACCCCAACUAUGUUCUGCAGGCCGCGCGACUGACGGCCAUUGUUGCAGCAGCGCCUCGCCAGGACGACCCUCGCUAUUCGGACUGGGAGGCGAGGAUUUACCUCGAAGUGAGUCGGCUUGAAAAGAGUUUCCUGCAGCCCUUGAAGUCGUUGAGGAUGCCUGGCAUCGUCAUCAGUGCAUUGCUGGAAUUCACCCGGGCGUACCAGCAGAAGGCCCUGGCGCGGCUGGACCACAUAUCGAACGACGACGAGAGGAUAUACAAGAGGUACCCUCUGGCUGUGCGCGAGUAUGGGGAGUGUGAGGACCUGGGAAGGCAGUGGUGGACUGAAGAUCCAUAUUGCAAGCUGCCACCAGUGAAGAGUACGCCAGCGGAGGGCUGGGGCAAUGUGCCAGCCGAUGACGACACCCAGGGACGUGGCGAGGAGGACCUGGCUACCGGGGACCUCAUCACCAAGGGGAAAGGCAAGAAGAGAGCUGACAAUGACAUCGGGACAGGCAUGGUGGGUGAGCGUAUCAUCCACGUGGAGGCGGGGGAGGACAAGGGAAAGGGCAAGAGCAAGGAGAAGGCGCAGGGGAAGGCGGCGCAUGCGAUGAGCGAGGAAGAGGAUGGGGGAGAGGGAGAGGGAGAGGAGCAGGAGGGCGAGGAUGACGACGAUGCCGACAGUGACGAGGACGACGAUGCCGACAAAGAUGACGACGAUGAGAUGGCGGAAGACGUGCUGGGUGCAGGCCAGCCCGAAUCCAUUGAGGUCGAUGCGGCGUCGCCCCCUCCGCCAACUGCCAGACCAAUAUCGAUCUCACCAGCUGCCCCAUCACUCCGAAAGCGCAAGGUGGUCAUCACAGAGUCGAGUGAGGAGAGUGAGAAUGAGGAGGUGGCUCCGAAGACGAAGCGGAUGAAGCCGAUCGAGAAGAGGAUGGUGCAGACCGAGGUGGAGGGCUCGAAGGUGAGCACGAAGAAGAGCGGGAAGAGGAAGGCGAAGGAGUCAAGCGAUGAAGAGGAAGUACCGACCGUCAAGCCGCCAAAGAAGAAGCGUGCGACGAAGGAAUACAAGAGCAAGGAGUUCAUCGAAAGCGAAGACGAGACUCCGGCACCGCCUUCCAAUCUACCUGCCAAGACCACAGGGGACUCUAACGACGGUGUUGCGAAGACGAACGCCCCUGCCAAACCUGUCAAACAGACAACGAGGAUGACGGCGACGCCUCAUGUCGCACCGAAGGCAAAGGCGAAGGGGAAUGCAAAGGCGAUGGCGAAGGGGAAGGCAAUGGUGAAGGCGAAGGCGAAGGUGACAGUGUCGCAGAAGGACAUGUGGAAAAAGACGUCCACCCGCGUGUCUGACUUCAUGUGGGCACAUGCAACAGAUUCGCUCGUCCCUUGCGUUGGCUGCCAGAAGAAAGAGUGGCCAUGCAAGCUCAACACCGCCAACUUCGGUCGCUGCCUCGAAUGUGCAGCACGAGGCGUCAGUUGCAGCAUCGCGCCGAGGAACAUGGACGGCGUGCCCCUGCGAGGAAACUCACACACCGCACAGCGUGAGUUCCAAGAGAUGUGCGCAGCGCUGGUGGUAGAGGGCAAGCCACUGCCCACGUCGCCACCUCCAUACGACGUCAAGGUCGACUCCGAUGAGCCCGACGGUGCAGAACCCAUGGUCAUGGGAGCGUCGAAGCGCAAGCCGCUGAAGAAGACCAAGACGCGCAAUGCUGCAGCAUCCAGCUCCAUGGUCAAGGGUGGCGAGGAGGUCGAGGCGACGAAGCAGAAGGCGACCGUCACGCCCUAUGAAGCCAACGCUGAAGGCGAGGCCUCGGUGGAGAAAUUGUCGAAGUCCAAGCGCGCCCCCAAGUUCGCCACCGCCACUGGAGCUGUGGCUCUGUCCAACUCUGGCGAGGUCUCCAAGUCUGGCACGCCUGCCAAGUCUGGUGCGGUCGCCAAACCUGGCGAAGGUAAGAAAUCAGGACCCAAGGCAAAGCCGGUGAGGAGCCAAAACUCAGGUGCGCAAGAUGGUGGCGAGGUCACCAGGACCUCAGUACGUGAGCCGGAUGAGGUCCCGCCUGCCAAGUCUGUUGCGAAGGAGGGCGGGCAGACGACAAGGGUGGCGAUGGGAGGUCGCUCGGGCCCAAUGGUGCCCGUGAUCACCAGGAAGGUGAAGGUGAGUGCUCCGAAGGCAGCAGCCAAGAUGCCUCUGGUGGAAGGCGAUGGCAUGGAGGAAGCCGCCAGGCUGGCAAUGGAGGCGGUGCGGGCUAUGGCCUUCCAAACAGGGCCAGCUGCUCCGCCGCAAGCUAGCAGCAGCAAGCGCAUGCUGACACCAGUCGCCGACGAACCAGAGGAUGCGCCAGAGUAUCAGGCAGAGGUGGCGGAGGAUGAGCGCGCGUCCUUGGAGCGGCCACACGACGAUCGGCGGCGUUCGCUGCUGAUGCCCCACGAGAUGAGCGCAGGAGCUGCCGAGGUGGCACAGGAGGUGACGCCCUCCCUGGAGAUAUCCAAGGCAUCGAAGGGAGCGAAGUCCUCCACAUUGGCGAAGGCAGGACAUCUCGAUGAAGGGCGAAGGCCAGCUAAGAGGGGCGCCCCACUGGACCGCAAGGCAGCGAAGAAGGAGGUGGAGGCGAAAAGGGACGUGAAGGCGAACCGCCUCAGAGCAGUGCCUCCGACCAGCAAGGCACCCCACUUGCGCGACGUCCAGCGAGUGUCUACAGGAAGUCCCGCUCCGGUGAACGAAGGCGACACCCCCAGUGGCGAAGAAACCUCGCAGUCAUCCAACGAUGACUGCGCGAAUUGUGCCAAGUUGCGACAGGAGUUCCUGGCGCACAAGGAUGGGAUGGAAGUCCAAUUCCAGGAGAGGAUGGCGGACCUCAACACCGUCAAGGCAGAGAUCACAGCGGCACUCCAGCGAAUCAACCCGCCAUCCGCAUUUCAAGAAAAUGCCCGGAGCAUUCACGAAGAGGUCAAGUUGGCGAUGGAGGAGUUUCGCAGGCCGGUCACCAUCGAGCUUCAGGAGAGCGUGAAGUUGGAGCAAGGCGCGAACCAGACGGUGAGCCAAGCGGACGUCGACAAGCUGCAGGGCGAAUUGGCCGACCUCCGUCAUUCGAUGGAGCUCCAGGCAGCGCGGUCAGACAGCAUGGAGAAGGAGCUCAGGUCUUCGGCGGCAGAGGCGAUCGCUCAAGCGAGCAAGCUGGAGAUGGAAUUGGCGCUCGCCAAAGAGGAUUCGAUGGCGGUGGCGACGUCCGCUUUGGAUGAAGCGAAGAAGGUGGGGAAGGAGGUGGCGACGGCGAGAGAGGAAACCUCGCUGGUGGCGAAGUCUCUGGAUGCAUUCCGAGAGAAGGUCGACUCCGCCAUGGUCUUCACCGCCUUUCGCCCAGAUAGCCACAAUGUGUAG